AUGUGUAACUGCAACAUUCUUUACUUAGUACUACCAUUUUUCCUACUAUUUUGCAGCUUUUCUCUAAGAUGCAACGCGGUGCAGAGUGAUAUCGAUUGCUUGAAAUCGAUUAAAGAUUCGUUGAUAGACCCUUCAAACAUCUUGAAUUCUACAUGGAAGUUCGAUAAUCAGACAGAAGGUUUUAUAUGCAAAUUUAGAGGAAUACAAUGCUGGAAUGACGAUGAGACCAGAGUUUUAUUCAUUAGUCUUCCAGACAUGGGACUAAUAGGUGAGUUUCCGCCAGGCAUACAAAAUUGCACUUCUUUAACUUCUCUGAAUCUUUCAAACAACGAGCUAUAUGGAACCAUCCCUUCCGAUAUAUCAAAACUAUUCGUAUAUGCUGUAGACAUUGAUCUCUCGAGCAACCUAUUCUCAGGCGCGAUCCCAAGUGACAUUUCAAAUUGCUCUUUUCUCUAUUCCCUCAAUUUAGAAAAAAAUAAACUAGAAGGACCGAUCCCACCAGAAAUUCGCUUAUUACGGCGACUCAGGAUGUUUAAUGUUGCAGAUAAUAUGUUGACAGGGCCAGUGCCAAAUUUUGUCAAUGCUACUUUUCCAGCUGAAAGUUAUGCAAAUAAUCCAGGACUUUGUGGUAGUCCUCUGGAGUUAUGUGUUACAAAACGCGUUCUGUUUGCUUGUGGUUUUGUGACGGGUUGGUCGCUUUCUACAUUACUUGGUGUAUAUCUUUUUUUCUUUGGUGUAAAGAAGACGUUUCUAUUGAUCAACAAGAGAGCAAAGGUAAUGGUGAUUGAUGGAAAUGAAGUAAACAACAACCCAAAGAUUUUAAAGCUGGAGAAGAUUGUUACAAGAAUGAAUUUUAUCGAACUAUCAAAAGCGACUUCGAAUUUCAGCCAAGACAAUGAAAUCGGGAAUGGAAUGCUGGGGAAAGUGUACAAAGCACUAGUCCCAAAUGGAUGGACUGUUGCCAUAAAGAGGCUCCAAAGUUCCGAGGAUUUGGAGGAAGAGUUUGUUUCCGAGAUCACAACUCUAGGUAUUUUGAGGCAUCCGAAUUUAGUGCCCCUAAUCGGAUUUUGUUAUGAGAGGGACGAGCGGAUUCUGGUUUACAAAUACAUGCCUAAUGGAAACUUACAUGAGUGGCUACAUUCAACCGACGACAAGGCAAGACUCUUGGACUUCCCUCUAAGGGUUAAAAUUGUUGUUGGUGUCGCGAAAGCCCUAGCUUGGCUUCAUGAUGGUGGAAAUUUCCAUGUCGUGCAUAGUAACAUUAGCACACAAUGUAUCUUGCUCGAUGAAAAUUUCAAUCCCAAGUUAUCCAAUUUUUGGGAGGCAACAUUUGUAGAACCAAAUGACAUAGGUUCAAACUUCAGUCUAUCGCCAAUGGUUGAGUUUUUAGACUUUACAACAUACAAAAAAGAUGUCUAUAAAUUUGGGGUUGUGCUUCUCGAGAUUUUAACGGGGAAGGAAUCUUACGAAUUGAGCUGCUCGAGUCUAAAUUUAUCGAGCAGCUCUUUUGCCAGUCCUCUUGAUGUGGAUAAACUACUGUUAGGCCAAGGAUUUGAUAAUAUGGUAAUGCAACUACUUGAACUUGCAAGUAACUGCAUGAAAUUCAUCCCGGAUCAAAGGCCAACGAUGCAACAAGUGUAUCAGACUGUUGCUGCGAUUGCUCGAGUCCAUGACCAAACAGGGGACUCUGAAAUACAAUUGCACUUGGACUAGAAGCAGGGGAGGAGCCACCAAAGGUACAUGUAGCUUUGGCUCAAACCAUGUAUUUAUGUUGAAGAACCAUUUUAUAUGUAUAUAACUUGUUUUCUAUCGUUUCAUUCGUUUAGCAAGAAAUGUACGUCUUCCUGAAUUGUUGUUUCUAGAAUGCAAUAACUA